AUGCGGUGGAUUUGGGUUCUUGUCCGAAAGGAAAGCAGUGCUCAGGGAUACCGGGAGAAGCUGGGGAUUCACUGGGAUGGCCGGCUGAGUUGGAGAGCCGUGGCGGGUAGUAUGGCCUCCUCCUGUGGUAUAACAAUUCGGCAACGCUGUACCCCACCUUGCGAGCGCAAGUCCCAGCGAGGAGGAGGGAUGCGCGGCACUGCAUGUUUGGUGACAGCUCUAAGUGUGUGUGUGUGUUGCAACCGAUCGGAAACUGGGUGGAUCAAAGUUUGCAUUUUCUCCACUGACCUGAGUUUUGCGUUCUCGUCCGGUGUGUUUCGGACACACAACUCCAAACCUUCCCCCCCCCCCCCCACCCACCUUCCUGCCACCCACUCAACCCAGGUGGACCUCCUGAGAUCGUUCGUCUUCCGAAACUCCAAGCAGAGGUACACCGGUAUUCCCAUUGUCGCAGCUAAUAUGGACACGGUGGGGACGUUCGAGAUGGCCAAAGCACUUAACAAGUUCUCACUUUUCACCACCAUCCACAAGCACUGUACCUUGGAGGAAUGGAAGGAGUUUGCCGUCAAUAACCCCGACUGCCUGCAGAAUGUGGCCGUGAGCACUGGCACCAGCUCCAGCGACUUCGAGAAGCUGACAGCCAUCCUGCAGCAUGUGCCCGACGUCCGCUACAUCUGCCUGGACGUUGCCAACGGAUACUCGGAGCACUUUGUGCAGUCCGUGAAGGACGUCAGGAAAAAGUUCCCGGACCACACCAUCAUGGCAGGAAACGUGGUGACGGGUGAGAUGGUGGAGGAGCUCAUCUUAGCCGGAGCCGACAUCGUCAAGGUUGGGAUCGGACCAGGCUCUGUCUGUACAACCUGGCUGUAAUUUCGAGAGACUGAA